UCCCCUGCAAUUCUGUGCAGGUUGGAUUUGGGAGCUUUUGCUCCCUCUCGGUGCACCUGGAGCUGCUCUUUUUCCCCCAACCUGUUGCAAAUCUUUCAUUCUUGCAAUAGAGACUUGUCUGCAGACACCCCACUCAUCCAUCUCUCCGUACAUUUUCCAAGUGUCUGAGAGAAGGCACCUGCUCUACCUGCCAGAAAUUAAAACCCAAAAAAGUCUCCAGGUGCCCUUUCGGCCCCUGGCUCCCUGCACUCGCAUUCUCCUGACCCGCCCCGAGGUAAACGGGGAGACUCGGAGAAGAUGGUUCUCACCGCGGUCCUCCUGCUGCUGGCCGCCUGCGCGGGGCCCGCCCAGGGCUUGGGCUCCUUCGUGCACUGUGAGCCCUGCGACGAGAAAGCCCUGUCCAUGUGCCCCCCCAGCCCCCUGGGCUGCGAGCUGGUCAAGGAGCCCGGCUGCGGCUGCUGCAUGACUUGCGCCCUGGCCGAGGGGCAGUCGUGCGGCGUCUACACCGAGCGCUGCGCCCUAGGGCUGCGCUGCCUCCCGCGGCAGGAUGAGGAGAAACCACUGCACGCCCUCCUGCACGGCCGCGGGGUUUGCCUCAACGAGAAGAGCUACCGAGAGCAAGUCAAGAUCGAGAAAGACUCGCGCGAGCAAGAAGAGCCCACCACAUCUGAGAUGGCCGAGGAGACCUACCCCCCUAAGGUGCUGCGCCCCAAACAUACCCGCAUCUCAGAGAUGAAGGCCGAGGCCGUCAAGAAGGACCGCAGAAAGAAGAUGAGUCAGUCCAAGUUCGUGGGGGGAGCGGAGAACACUGCCCAUCCCCGGGUGGUCCCCGCACCCGAGAUGCGACAGGAGUCUGAGCAGGGUCCCUGCCGCAGACACAUGGAAGCAUCCCUGCAGGAGAUCAAAGCCAGCCCCCGCAUGGUGCCCCGUGCCGUCUACCUACCCAACUGUGACCGCAAGGGAUUCUACAAGAGAAAGCAGUGCAAGCCUUCUCGUGGCCGCAAGCGAGGCAUCUGCUGGUGCGUGGACAAGUACGGGAUGAAGCUGCCAGGCAUGGAGUAUGUCGACGGGGACUUUCAGUGCCAUGCCUUCGACAGCAGCAAUGUUGAGUGAUGCGCCCCCUCCCUGAUCUUCCCUCACCCUACCCCACCCCCCAGCCCCGACUCUAGCCAGCGCCUCCCUUCACACUAGGAUGCCACUCAUUUCAUCUCAUUUAAGGGAAAAGAAAUAUCUAUCUAUCUAUUUGAGGAAA